AUGGAGAAUAACGGAUCAUCUAAGGUUAAUCUCAAAGCGAAAGCGUAUUCUGCUGUAUACUUCUUUGUUACUCUCUCAUUAGCUGAUGUGUCUCAUUGGACUCUACCUUCAAGUACCACAAGACUUUUCUGGAUCUGUCUCUGUUUAUCUGUGUUGGUAAAUGCAAGCCUAGAAGAUGAGGGACCAGAUUACUUGGCUAUGGCAGCCUUGAGGGCGUCUUUGCAUCAUCCAGACGAUAUUGAUUGGACUAGCUCAGAUUACUGUACUUGGACUGAACUGGAUUGUGACAAUAACAGCCGCGUCACAGGCAUACGGCUCUCCAACAAAGGAUUCGCAGGAAGCCUACCUCCGGAGUUAGUUAACCUGACAGCUCUGCGAGUUUUCGAGGUAACGGGCAAUCAGAUUUCUGGAAUCAUUCCUACAGGGUUUACUGAGCUGCAGUCUCUGCAAGUGGUUGCUCUCUCCAGUAAUUUGCUUCAGGGACCAACGCCAAAGUUUAACUCGAUGGUUCGAGUUGAUAUGAGUCUAGGCACGAACACUUUUUGUUUAGAUUCUCCUGGCUCUCCAUGUGACCCCAUCGUUCAGACUCUCCUUUCUAUUGCUGGGGGAUUUAACUAUCCCCUAGAAUUUGCAAAGAGUUGGAAAGGGAACAACCCGUGUCAGGAUUGGUUUGGCAUAACCUGUAAAGAGGGUCGAAUCGUUAAUUUCGCUGUGCAAUUCACCCAACUAACAGGUAGUAUCUCUCCAAGGUUUGGAGACCUCGACUCUCUUCAGUUGAUUGACUUGUCGUAUAACCAUCUGGCUGGUACUAUUCCCGUUGAAAUAACCAAGUUGAAGGAACUCAGACUCCUGGACGUUUCCUACAAUCAGCUUCAUGGCAAGGUGCCAGAAUUCAAGAUAAAAAACGGGACGCCAGUGAUAUAUACUAAAGGCAAUUUGGAGAUUGGGACUGACAUCAGUCCGGGGGUUCCUUCACGUAAGGGAAACAAGAAUAUCAAAAUCCUCGUGGGAAGUUUGACUGCGAGUUUGGUUGUCAUGUUGCUGGUUGUCACGGGGUUCAUUGUUUAUCUGGUUUAUAAAAUGAAGAAGGAUCUUGUGCAGUCUUCUGAGCACCUCGAGAUCGAGAUGGCUGAGCACAACGAGAUCGAGAUGCCUGAGCACAAUGAGACCGAGAUGCCUGAGCACAGCGAGAUCGACAUGGCUGAGCACAAUGAGAUCAUCGAGAACAAAGCAAUCCCAAUGCAGAUUCUCAGAGUUGCAACGAACAACUUUGGAGUUGAGAAUUUACUCGGAGGAGGCGGCUUUGGAUCUGUAUACAGAGGUACACUGCAAGAUGGAAGGGAGAUUGCUGUUAAGAAGAUGAACCAAGCGGAUUUUGCUGGUAAAGGCCUCAAAGAAUUUGAAUCCGAGGUCACUGUUCUAACCAAGGUUUAUCACCGUAACCUAGUGUCUCUUUAUGGGUAUUCCAUUGAAGGAAACGAUAGGCUAUUAGUCUAUCCGUACAUGCCCCAAGGCACAUUGAGCAAACAUCUGUUUCACUGGAGUGACCACAGUUUGAGACCACUCGACUGGACUGCACGCCUCAGUAUUGCGUUGGAUGUCGCUCGAGCAGUAGAGUAUCUCCAUACGCUGGCUCUCCAUAGCCAAAGCUUCAUCCAUAGGGACUUGAAACCGCCAAACAUUCUUCUCGGGGAUGAUUUACGAGCCAAAGUAUCUGACUUUGGAUUAGUGACUGCUACAGAAGAAGGCAGAGAAUCAGUCAAGACCAAGUGUCGUGGGACACCCGGUUACAUGGCACCAGAAUAUUGUAUACUUAUCUUAUUCCUCUGUCAAUUAUCUAUAUUUGAUUGUUUAAUUGAUUUUCGAAACUAACAACUAAAAUAUCUGUAACUGCAGUGGAUGGAAGGGUUACGAGAAAGAUCGAUGUUUACAGUUUCGGAGUCAUCCUAAUGGAGCUCAUAACCGGCAAGAAAGCUACAGACCAUAGCCGAGCUGAAGACGAUAUCCAUAUCACAACAUGGUUCAGGAAGAUGCUUCGUGAAGAAGAAACUUUCUCGGAAGCUAUUGACGGAAACAUUAUCGCCAACCAGGAGACUCAGCGGAUCAUAUACGAAGUUGCAAAACUAGCAAGACAAUGCUGCACAAGGACACCUGAGCAGAGACCAGACAUGGCUCAGGUCGUCAGCUUCCUUUCCUCGCUGAUUGAGCGGUGGGAACCCAGUGGCGAAAUCCAAGAUUUCGAUGAAAAUACAGUUUCUUCGGAUAUGCGAGCAGAAUGGGAGAAUAUUGUGAAGGGAAGCAGCAGUAUGGUGUGAUAAUGUAAAGAGUUUUGGAAAAGCUAUGCAGCUAUACAUGGUGUUGUUUUGUAAAUUCAAAUAUGUUUCUCUGUUUAAUCUUAGCUUUGUUUCAAAUUGUGUUUAGCUUUGGUUAUGUUGUGUCUCCCUCCUUCAGAGCUUGGUCUCCAGAAGAACUUAGUUCUUGCUGGCUGUUCUAUUUUAAAAACGCAUCUCAUCUUGUAUCCCUCCUUGUUCAUAUAAUCAAACUUGUCUUAGCGUUAAAAAAGAAGCUCAGCCCUAUAGUAUUAUACACAUAUGAAACCAUUUAAGCUCUUCUCACUUGAACCAUUUAAGGAUUUUAGGUCGCAUUCAUGCUAAUUUAAAUUGGAUAUUUUUAUAAAUAUCUUUAGUUUUAUUAAUUUUAAAUUUUAUAACAGGUAGUCAUAGAUAAUAUCAAUAUAUCAUUGACGAGUAAGACAACAACAUUGGUUUUUUUUUUUGACGACUUAAAAUGUAAAUCAUAAAUGAUAGAUCUAUCUCAUGAUCUACAUAUACUUUUAUGCAGUCGUCAUCAGUUUUACAAUAAUCUUGGUACUUCCAUUCAGCAGCUGAAAAUCAUUUAAAACAAGUAAUAUGAAUAAUUUUUCAAAAACAAAAAAAACUGAUUUAACUUAUUUUAUCUAGAGUUAUUAUUUAUAUGAAAAAGAAGAAUAAAAUAUUAACAAAUGAUUGAAAAAUGAUAGGAAGCAAUUAAGAAAAUGAAGAGUAGAGAUGUAAACUGAAUCUUUUCCGUUGACAUGAUUGUCUUUGUAGCUUUUAGUUUGAAGAAGAUAAAGUUAUAUGUUUUUUGGGUUUAGAGCAAACAGUUAUCUAUACUAUACAAUACUAUACUAUAUUAUACUUAUAUCUGUUGUUAGAUAAGCUUGCGAUACAAGUUUCCUUUUCCUAUUUUAAGUUGUGAUUAUCUUUAGGAUUAGGAGAUAUGAUAAUACUAAGUGAUUUAGGAUAUUUCGAGUCCUAUAUAUAUGGAUGCAAGGUGUGAUGCAUAAUGUGUGAUUUUGAGACUUGUGAUUUGUGAUUGAGAUCUUUGUGAUUGAAUAAAAGAAGGACUUCUUAUUAUUGUGAUUCUAUAU